GAAUCAAAAGGAGAGACAGCAGUUUGACAGCACACCAGAGCUCAUAAGUCUGCCUCCAGCCUUGUCUGGAUAGAAAGAACACAGGGUUUCUUCAACAGGGUUUUGUUAAAUUUACUUAAAGUGUGUAUUUGAAGUUCAAAAAAAAGCCCCUCUACUGACUCGCAAAGUAAAUCAAGCUAAAAAGCACCUAAGACACCUUUACUUCUGAGUGAAGACAGGGGUAUGAAUCAUGACGACCUCAGGAAAAGAGAAUUUCCGACUGAAGAGCUACAAGAACAAAUCUCUGAACCCUGAUGAGAUGCGUCGCAGGCGGGAGGAAGAGGGUCUUCAGCUGCGGAAGCAAAAGAGAGAAGAGCAGUUGUUUAAACGCCGAAAUGUUGCAACGGCUGAGGAAGAAGCGGAGGAGGAAGUAAUGUCAGAUGGUGGCUUCCAUGAGGCUCAGAUGAACAACAUGGAGAUGACUUCUAGUGCAGUCAUCACCUCUGAUAUGAUUGAGAUGAUUUUCUCCAAUAGUCCAGAACAGCAGCUUUCAGCCACCCAGAAGUUCCGAAAGCUCCUUUCUAAAGAACCAAAUCCCCCAAUAGAUGAAGUCAUAAGCACACAAGGAGUGGUGGCCAGGUUUGUGGAGUUCCUCAAACGAAAAGAAAACUGUACAUUACAGUUUGAAGCUGCAUGGGUGCUGACAAAUAUUGCCUCGGGAAAUUCCCUUCAGACUCGAAUAGUGAUCCAGGCAGGAGCUGUCCCCAUCUUCAUAGAGCUGCUUAGUUCAGAGUUUGAAGAUGUACAGGAACAGGCAGUGUGGGCUCUUGGCAACAUUGCUGGAGACAGCACUAUGUGCAGAGAUUAUGUUUUGGACUGUAAUAUCCUGCCUCCUUUAUUGCAAUUACUUUCAAAACAGAACCGUCUCACUAUGACUCGAAAUGCUGUAUGGGCUCUAUCCAACCUCUGCAGAGGGAAAAAUCCUCCUCCCGAUUUUGCCAAGGUUUCACCUUGUCUUAGUGUGCUUUCCUGGCUGCUCUUUGUCAAUGAUACGGAUGUAUUAGCUGAUGCCUGCUGGGCUUUGUCCUAUUUGUCUGAUGGCCCAAAUGAUAAAAUCCAGGCUGUGAUUGAUGCAGGAGUCUGCAGAAGACUUGUGGAACUGCUAAUGCACAAUGACUACAAAGUUGUAUCUCCUGCCUUACGAGCUGUUGGCAACAUUGUCACAGGAGAUGAUAUCCAGACCCAGGUAAUUCUGAAUUGUUCAGCCCUGCAGAGUUUACUGCACUUGCUAAGCAGCCCGAAAGAAUCUAUCAAAAAGGAAGCAUGCUGGACAAUAUCUAAUAUAACAGCUGGAAACAGAGCACAGAUCCAGACAGUCAUAGAUGCCCAUAUCUUCCCAGCUCUUAUAAAUAUUUUGCAAACGGCUGAGUUUCGGACAAGGAAAGAAGCUGCUUGGGCAAUCACAAAUGCAACAUCUGGAGGCUCUGCUGAACAGAUCAAGUAUUUAGUAGAACUGGGAUGCAUCAGACCACUCUGCGACCUCCUUACAGUAAUGGACUCAAAGAUUGUGCAAGUAGCACUGAACGGGCUGGAGAAUAUCCUGAGGCUUGGAGAGCAGGAAUCCAAACGCAGCGGCACUGGCAUUAAUCCUUACUGCGCUCUUAUUGAAGAAGCGUAUGGCCUGGACAAGAUUGAAUUUUUGCAGAGCCAUGAGAAUCAAGAGAUUUAUCAGAAGGCCUUUGAUCUGAUUGAGCACUACUUUGGAACAGAGGACGAAGACAGCAGCAUUGCCCCACAAGUGGACAUCAACCAGCAACAGUACAUCUUCCAGCAGUGUGAGGCUCCCAUGGAAGGCUUCCAGCUUUGAGGUGCCCUUGUGCUGUGUGCUCCUCUACCUAGCCAAUCCUGUUGUCGAGCCACAAGCCACCCGUGGAGUGAUUCUCUCAAUGUUUUCCAUAACCCUGUUUGCGCUCAUUCGCUUGCCUCGUGCACAUGCUCUUACAUACAUCUGGAAAACUUUUGGCUCUCCAUGGCAGGAUGCCCCCUCCUUGGCAAGGGGUCACCAGAAUCACCCUUCUCCUCUAGAUUCUGAAUCUCUCCACUGUCAUCUUCGUGGAGUUGAGGCACCUUUCUAUACUUUGAGAUAUUCCCUGUUCCUGUUACGGGAAAAUAGUCCCUCAUCCACUAGCCCCCACGCUCCUGGCAUCCAAGAGAAGGCUGUCUGCUUUUCUCUUUUAUUUGCUGCAGUAUGUGCCUGCAGUCCAGGGAGAUGUUCAGCCUUUCUGAGAACGUAGCUGAAUUCAUCCCCCAUGUUCUACCCUGGAUGCCUCUUUGGAUAGCGGCGAGAGAUGAAUUAAACCUUCACAUGCAGCGUAUCUACUUUGCUGUAUGUGCCAGCUGGGGUUAUUGGCAUGAGGAACAUGUUACAAAUAAUGGAGUAAGUUCUCUAUCCCGUGCAACAACAGGCUGCAAUGGACAUGUUUUGUGGUUCUUGAGAAUAUUGAACACAUCUGGCCCCAUCCCGUCUCAACACUGAGCUCCCAAGUUGGAUUGCAGACCACUGUGGAGAUUUGUAUACCUUCCCAGUUUUUCCUCUCCAUCCACAAAAAAAGAACCUGUGAAUAGGUCACUCUUAUCACCUCCCCAGAAACGAGUUUCCAAAACAGCUUCUAGAAUGGAGAAACUGCCCUCACUUCUGCUUGCCAGCACAGUAUGAUCCAGCUGGGCCUUCCUUAAAAAUCAAGUCCUUUCUGACUUCAUCCUCCAGAGUCUGGUCCUUGUUAUUAUAGUUAUGGCUGAAAAACUCCUGUCUGCCUCUUCACAUUUUUACACAGCGUGACUUGAACAGAUUUGUCUUCUGAAAAAUUACCUUCCGAACACAGAAAUCUUAAUUUGUAAAACUUAGCACAAGGAGCAUUAGAUCGCCUUUUCAUUUUCACAAGACAAGAGCUUCCUCUCCAACUCACCUGAUGGAAUAGAGUCCUCCUGGUCAAGCCCCUUAUUUAACAACUAAAGUGACACUACAUUCAAAGGAUAGUACUAUUACACCUGGGUCCACCUGGCCCUCUCAUUUCAUUUUUCCCUUUUGCUGUUUAUGAGACUUCAGGUGAAUUAGCAUGGAACGCAUGGUUCCUACAGGUGACAUCUGUAAGGCAUCGCUGACUGCAUGACAGCUGCCACUUGCAGCUGUGGACUGCCCUUCUGCUAGCAGCAUGUUCUUGGCUCCGCAACCUGCUUGGAUCACAGACCUCUGAUGCAAAGGCCAGCCACUCCUCACUUGAGUUCAGCUGACACUGACACCAAACUCUUCACACAACUGGGGAGAUGCCACGUGAUUGAAAGUGGCAGUUCCAUUUUGAAAAAUGCAAUGGAUUCCCUAGGCCGUCCGCUCCCCCCUGCAUCAGGCUAUGUUCUUUCAAGCCAUUUUGGAUGCUUGGAACACACAUUUGUCCAAUGUAAACAUUUCAAAAUCGCCACUGCCAACUGCAGCGUCGUGGACCUGUGGUACAUGUUAGUGGCAGAACUGUCUGCAAGAUCCUCAUGACUCCUCUCAGUGAUAAGCCACUGCAAAAGCAAAACCAGCCCAUUGGAUACAGUUAUAAAAAUACAUAAAUCACUUGUCAUACUGCUGAAAGAAGCUAGGCAAAGGCCUGAACAUCAGCUCUGUGUGACCAUUAUUUAAAUAAAGUCUUCAGUUCUGUCUCUGCUUCAGGAUGGAGACUCUGACCUGUGUGGCCACUGCAGAAGCCACCUGCUGCCUCCCUAGCUAAGCCAGUUGGCCUCCACUUUCCCUCUCCCAGUUAUUUUCUCUAGUGCUGCUUUGUGCUGAAGGAACAUUUAGUUUACUGCACUUGAUCUGUAAAUGGACUUCAAUUCUUUGUAAUUUUAGGGGGUUAAAUUUGGUGGUUAAUUUAAAAAAGCAAAAAAACCCCUCAAUGUUGCCUUUACAUCACAUAUAAAUAACUGUGUUUCUCUUUUCUUGAAGGGUGAUAGAAGCACUGAUUAGUAGCAAAAUCUUGUUUUAGCUUUUGGAUUUUUUUGUGCUGGAUUUUUUUACGUGUAAAUUUCCAAUAACAUGUCAUUUCUAUAAGAUUUGUUUAAAACCAUGUACCUCUUAUUGGAUGGUAUAAAAAUGCUACAUAUUUUGUAAACAAAUCUGAGCAAAGUGUGUGUGCAUAUAUUCUGUAUAUUCAUAUAUGUAUAUUCUGUGUAUAUAUACACUAGCGUGUAUAUAUACAUAUAUACACACACACACAUAUAUAUAUAUAUACAUGCAUAAAGUGUGUGUAUAUAUAUAUACAUACCUAUAUAUCUAUAUAUAUAUAAGUGUUUUCUCUUCCAGGCUAGUGAAAACAAUGUGGUGCAUUGGCGUUUCCCUCCCCUGCCCCCCAAGAACGUAAUGACAAUUGCCUCUAAAUGAGUGAAUUAAAAAAGAGUCCAUUUAAGCUGAAUGGUGUGCCUUCCUCUGUAAGGAGCCUGGCCAUUAUUUGUUACUUUUGCUGUGGAUAUGUGAAUUCAGAGCAGAUAAGUAUAAAUCUUUAAACUUGGUAUGUUUGUUUGAAGUGACAGGCCUGGUUGACACAGGUAAUAUUGUUGUCAUAAAUACUUGGACUGUGUAAGGCAUUUGACUGGUACUGCAUAAUAUUUUGACUGAAAACCACAACAAUACAAAAAUCAACACGGCACACAUUAAAUGGAUUAAAAUGUGGCUAACUCAUAGGUCUCAAUGUAAUUUUAAAUGGUGCUUAAUUGAGUGUAUUUCCAUCAGGAUCUUCCAGCAACCAGUCUUGGGGUUGCUUUACUUAGCCUUUUUAAUAGAUUGAAAAGAAACAAAAUCUACUUCUAACAAAGGCUGCAAAUUAAAUGGGUACGGAAGGGAGAUCAGACUUGUGCAUUAUGAAAGAAAUGAUACAGACUGAUCAGAAUUACUUGGCAAGCCAAGGGCAAGUAAACUAUUUGCAUUUUAGCAGACCCAAAUAUGUGGCAUAACGUUACCCUUCUAAUAAAUAACAUUCAGGCCACAGGUGAGGACUCUCUUUUGGAGGAAAAGUGCUGCUGAAAAGAUGAGGAUCAUUAUAUGUUACUGCUUGGACACUACUUCCUAACACAAUUCUGUGUAGCUAUGUCCCUGCUAGAAAAACUGAAACCAGUAUUCUUUGCUCUCCUGAAGGAUGUGCUCAGACAGGGACCAUCUCGGAGAACGGCUCUAGCUGCCACUUUUGUGAUGGUCACACUGUGUUUUGCAUGAUCUGUUGUUGUUUUGUAUCUACAUAGGAGGCAGCUGCUCUUGUGUAGAGGAUAGGUGAGGGAACUGUUGGGAGUUCUUGGGUUCUUCUCUUAGCUCUGCCAAGCAGCCUGUGGUGCCAGAAAAGUGAUCUCGUGUUUUCUUCCAAAUUGCAAUGUAUGCAUUUGUUUCUGUCUACUCGUGGAGAUCCAAUCUAAGCACCUUCCAAAAGCCCCGCAGGCUGCUAAGGUGAAAAGGUUCAUGAAAAUUUCUCCAGUUCUUUCUGCAACAUCAGUAAUGAGGUGGAAACACUGCACUCAGGUUUUAACAAUGUCUAUUUUAAACUGGCUGUUAGAGAAAGGAAGAUGCAAGACUGCCUGGAAUUGCUGUCUUGCAGUUCUGACCACAGAUCAGUAAUGCCAUUUAAGUUGUGUAUUUGUUGGGCCAGCAAACAGGAGCUGUUAUUUUUUUGUUGGUAAAUUCCCCAGUAGAACACGGCAGGGUCACUCUCUUGGAUUCAGGAGGAUACAAGAGAUGAUGGGGCAGGUUAUUGAAAGCUCAAUAACUAAGCCAGGACCAGUGCCUGGGGCUCAUGGGAAGACACCACAUAAUUAUUUGAGGCAACUGCUGCCUACAGACUUCAACCUGUUCUUAAAUUCCUGUGUUGGUUCCUUGCUGCAAACCAAAUACUGGUGGUUCAAGUCCCUUCCUCUAACAUUAAGAGAAUGGAGGAAGACAAUGACCCCCAAAGACCUGUGUGUUCUUGAAACUGCAUUUUUUUUCUGUUAGCACCAAGAGUGUUGAAGAACUAGAUGGUCCUACAUGGUACAGUGCUCUUGCUAUUACACCUCUGUUCUUCUCUGAGGAUUUCCAGAACAGCUAUCUUAUCUCUCUGCCAGCUUAAAGUAAUUCUCCACAUUUUUCAGUAUGAUUUGUCUCUGGAAAUUGGCACAACAUACCAUUGGUACUCUCCAAUGCCAAUUUUAGACAUGAAGGUCUUUCUUCAGUUGCCUGAGUUGUAGCAGAAAAUAAACAGGACCUGUUUGUGUACUGCUGUGGCCAUGUCCAUAAGGCUCUUGCAUGCUCUUCUGAGGCAGUGCUGAAGUUGUCAGAUUGAUCGUUGCAUUUGGAAGUUUCAGUUGCCUUUGGAAGAGGUACAGCAAUAUGGCAUAUGGUAUCGAAUUGAUAAAUUUGACUGUUUUGAAUAAAUGUGAAUGGUGUUACAGACCAAGCCAAAGGAAAGAAAAUUAAAUACUGUUUAAGGGCUUAGUAUGUUCCUCUCCAUCACGCACUGUUAAAAGGCUGCAGGCUAAAGCUAUGAGCUGUCAGGUGAUCCGAGGUGUAUUCAGUUCUCCAGUCAGCUGGACAGGCUGCUUCAGCUAGAAACACACGGGUUUUGUCACCAUUGUCUGUGUUUAGAAGUGCUUUCUUGGAAGCCAUCACACUAGGAAAGAGGUGGUUUCUUUCACUGCCUAAGAAAGAUUUACAUUGUUUUUCUAGUACCCAGCUACUUGCAAAGAAAAUACUGCAAUGCUUGGGAGUGAGCUGGAGAUAGCACAAAGCUCCUUGUCUUGGGGUUUUGUUUGAGACUCUGGAGCCUAUGUGGAAGUUGAAAGAAAACACAAAGGUGGGCAGUGACAGAUACUGAAAUGGUGGAGAUACUAGAGUGACAGAAAGAUACAUGGAGCUUUUGUCAAACCACUGGACCAGACUUCAAUAUUUGAGUACAUGGUAAAAAUUUAUAGAAAUUUAAGUAAAAUGGAAAAUGAUUACCAUUGCUGCUCUGAGGUGUUGCUUUCUAAGGGGUAUUUUGCAAAUUUUAAUUUGAAGUACUUUACCAGCUGGAUGAGUCCAAAUAGUUUUACUGUUCCAAAACUAAAGGAGGUACCUUUCAGUUCUGUUCAAAAGAGCACUCAGGUGCAUAUUGAAAGGGUAAUAUUUUUGGAACGCACAGUUUUAAGCUCUGCCAUCACCAAGCAUAAAUCACAAGUUUUUCUUCAAGGAAACUUGGAAUACCAUCUGAAAUGCAUGUUCUGUUUCUUUGGUCUUAUUUAAUACAUACAUGAUCACAUGUAAUCUGGCAUGUAAUCUGGCAAGAUUUAUUUUGGUUCUCACCUGUGUGCCUGCUGUGUGGCAAAGAACUAGAACUGUCAUGGAAAAUCUGUUCACGUACCUGCAGUGGAAUUAAAUGUGACUUGCAUUCAGUGCUCAUUAAGUGGACAAAGCUGUGGAAGCCUGCUCUGCUUGACUGACAGCUUACUUGUGAUAAUUUCCAUUCAGAGAAUCUGAUGGCAGGUCAUGGUAUCACCUGAAGGUUGUAGCUUCUGUGGUGGAAUUGACUUCACAGCUUGUCUGACUGGUUACAUCUCAUUGUGAUAUCCAGAAUUGCAAUUCAUAGAAAGAUGGCCUACAGCAACGAUUUUCUAGCUCUGAAGUAAAGGACAAAGCUACUAGAAAGGACUGCAGUAGAGAUUUUACUGCUUCUCUUUUCCAGGUAUAAAGAGAAGAUUUCCCAUGCAUUUUUGUAGAGCUUUUGAUUCACUCAGCAAUAGUGCUAAUUUUUAGUAGUAUAACAAAACUAAUCUGGAAAAAGUUUCAAAAAAAAUAAUUUCCCUCCUGCUAUGAGCAAGUUCACAAGCUAAAUCUGUCAAACUGAUAUAUAUGUCUCUUCUCUUUUUGGAGUCCUCAGGACCAGUGAGCAGGCAGUGCUGGGAAGUAACAGGUUUUGAGCAGUCCUGACAUUUCCAAUCUGCAUUUCCUUCCAAAUGAACUGUAAGGAGAAGGAAAAAUACUAUCUCUGGCUGCUGCAAACUGUUCAGCGUGAAUAGUGUGUGACUCUUUGGGCUCAAUGCCAGAAUUAGAACUGUUGGGAGUUGCUCUUUGCAGGUAUUACUGGGACUGCCACUUCUAAAACAUAAGGCAGGUGAUCUCUAGGUGGGCUAGUAAAAUGAAAGUACAGAUGACGACUUAAAGGGGGAAAAUACAAAUAAAUGAGAUUUGAAAAAAAAGAGCUUAGUAGCAGAGAGCAGGAAUGCCUGAUGGACUUUCUCAUACUCAUGUGCCUCAAAAUACUAAAUCUGACAGUACACGUUGAAGCUGUUGCUCAAUAUUCCUCAAAAUUGUCAUCUCUGUUCCAGCUCUGGUGUAACAACCAUUAGGUUGUCAGCUGCAACACAGUGGUUCUCUGGAACGCUGUUUCACUAUCCAUCUCCCUCCUUGUUUUACUGAAGGCAGGCAGUUCUUCACAGAAAGCAAUCCCUCACUUAAAUGCAGCCAGAAUAAUUGCACCUAGAGCGGGUAAGCAGGCUAAGUUAUGAUCAUUUUGAUGAUGUUAAUGCAGGUCAGACAAUUACUCCUGACUCGAGGGCUCCCUUAAUAAUUUUUCUGUCUUGCACAAAGGGAAACAUACAGAAUAAGUAUAGCCCCAUUCUUCCAUAUAGCCCCCUUCUUCCUGAGGGGACCUUGAAAGGACCUGAAAGAGCUGCUGAUAGUGGAUGACUGCCCAGUGAAGGUAUUUUGUUUGUACAAGUGGAAACUAAAUGGACUGUCCUUUUGUCGAAGUCACCUUCUUGUAAGUGGUAAGUAAGACCUUUCAUAAAGGGGAUUGGUACCAAGAAUGCAAGUACAGCUUCUGCAGUAUUUUAAAAGAUGCUUAGUCUAGUGCAUAGCAUAUAUGGGAAUCAAUUACUUUGUCUCUCCAGUUUGCUCAUGUGUCCUGUCCCACUAACCACGAAGAAAAGAGUUUGAAAGAAAGGGGCAGUUAUUAGCAAAAGAAAAUAGGUAUUUCCAGGUUUAGUUAUUAAUGGAUAAUGUAUUCAUUCUUUCUUGAAAAUGAGUGCACAGAACUAACAUACAGGAAAAAUGUGACUAUAUCCUCCUUUCAGUGCUGAAAAGGACUUCGCUUUUCUUCCCCAGUUCUUGCUCUUCAUUUCCUCUUUUAAGGUUUAGCAGAUGCAGUACUUUCCUCUCUCCACUGGGCUUUCUUCUCCAAGUUUAUGUUUGUAAGAGUUUCAUGUCUUUUUACAGCCUACAAUGUAAUAAGAUCAUCAGUUAUCACCUGAAGGACCACAGAAUUGAAACUUGAAUUGAUAGCUUACAAAAUAUUUGGCCUAUCCUUACCGAGGCACAGUUCUGUCAGCAGUAAUGCCAGGAAGCAAGAAGGGUAAAAUAAAAUAUCCAGAAACUA